CACGCCGGGCCCGGCAUGGCGGAGCCGGAGGCCGCGCAGCCCGGGCGGCCCCCGCCGGGCCCGGGAGCGGCGGCGGCGGCGGCGGCGGCGGCGGGGGGGGGGAGCGGCGGGGCUGGGAGCGGGACGGCGGCGGCGGGAGGAGGAGGAGGAGGAGGAGGAGGAGCGGCGGGGUCCAGCGACCCGGCGCGGCCCGGGCUGAGCCAGCAGCAGCGGGCGAGCCAGCGCAAGGCGCAGGUGCGCGGGUUCCCCCGCGGCAAGAAGCUGGAGAAGCUGGGGGUGUUCUCGGCCUGCAAGGCCAACGACGCCUGCAAGUGCAAUGGCUGGAAGAACCCCAACCCUCCCACCGCCCCCCGCAUGGACCUGCAGCAGCCGGUGACCAACCUGAGCGAGCCAUGCCGGAGCUGCAGCCAUGCGCUGGCAGACCACGUAUCCCACCUGGAGAACGUCUCGGAGGAGGAGAUCAACCGGCUGCUGGGCAUGGUGGUGGAUGUGGAAAACCUCUUCAUGUCAGUGCACAAGGAGGAGGACACGGACACCAAGCAGGUCUAUUUCUACCUGUUCAAGCUCCUGCGGAAGUGCAUCCUGCAGAUGAGCCAGCCUGUGGUCGAGGGGUCCCUGGGGAGCCCCCCCUUUGAGAAACCAAACAUUGAGCAGGGAGUCCUGAACUUCGUGCAGUACAAGUUCAGCCACUUGCCGCCCAAGGAGCGGCAGACCAUGUACGAGCUCUCCAAGAUGUUCCUGCUCUGCCUCAACUACUGGAAGCUGGAGACUCCAUCCCAGUUCCGGCAGCGCUCGCAGAACGACGAUGUGGCCACCUACAAGGUCAACUACACAAGGUGGCUGUGCUACUGCCACGUGCCGCAGAGCUGCGACAGCCUUCCCCGCUACGAGACCACGCACGUCUUCGGGCGCAGCCUCCUCAAGUCCAUCUUCACGGUCACCCGCCGGCAGCUGCUGGAGAAGUUCCGGGUGGAGAAGGACAAGCUGGUGCCGGAGAAGCGGACGCUGAUCCUCACCCACUUCCCCAAGUUCCUGUCCAUGCUGGAGGAGGAGAUCUACGGCGAGAACUCUCCCAUCUGGGAGGCUGAUUUCACCGUGCCGGCUGCCGAGGGGGCUCAGAUGGUUUCUCGCCCAGCCGCCGUCAGCACCGUGGCCGUGCCCACUGCUCCGCUCUUCAGCAAGAAGCUCAGCAACAGCAGCUCUGCUGCGAGCAUGGACGCCAGCACCCCGGAGCCCCUGCCAGGGGAGAAGAGGAAGCUGCCCGAGAGCCUGACGCUGGAAGAUGCCAAGCGCAUCCGUGUCAUGGGCGACAUCCCCAUGGAGCUGGUGAACGAGGUCAUGCUGACCAUCACGGACCCCGCUGCCAUGCUGGGCCCUGAGACCAGCCUGCUGUCGGCGAAUGCGGCGCGGGACGAGACGGCGCGGCUGGAGGAGCGCCGCGGCAUCAUCGAGUUCCACGUCAUCGGCAACUCGCUCUCGCAGAAGUCCAACAAGAAGAUCCUGAUGUGGCUGGUGGGGCUGCAGAACGUCUUCUCGCACCAGCUGCCCCGCAUGCCCAAGGAGUACAUCACUCGCCUCGUCUUUGACCCGAAGCACAAGACCCUGGCGCUGAUCAAGGAUGGACGGGUGAUCGGCGGGAUCUGCUUCCGCAUGUUCCCCACCCAGGGCUUCACGGAGAUCGUCUUCUGUGCUGUCACGUCCAACGAGCAAGUGAAGGGCUACGGGACCCACCUGAUGAACCACCUGAAGGAGUACCACAUCAAGCACAACAUCCUCUACUUCCUCACCUACGCAGACGAGUAUGCCAUCGGCUACUUCAAGAAGCAGGGCUUUUCCAAGGACAUCAAGGUCCCCAAGAGCCGCUACCUGGGCUAUAUCAAGGACUACGAGGGAGCGACCCUGAUGGAGUGCGAGCUGAAUCCCCGCAUCCCCUACACGGAGCUCUCGCACAUCAUCAAGAAGCAGAAGGAGAUCAUCAAGAAGCUGAUCGAGAGGAAGCAAGCGCAGAUCCGCAAGGUCUACCCUGGUCUGACCUGCUUCAAGGAGGGCGUGCGGCAGAUCCCCAUUGAGAGCGUCCCCGGCAUCCGAGAAACAGGAUGGAAACCCCUGGGGAAGGAGAAGGGGAAAGAGCUGAAGGAUCCGGACCAGCUCUACAACACCCUGAAGAACCUCCUGGCCCAGAUCAAGACCCACCCCAGCGCGUGGCCCUUCAUGGAGCCGGUGAAGAAGUCGGAGGCACCGGACUACUACGAGAUCAUCCGCUUCCCCAUCGACCUGAAGACCAUGACCGAGCGCCUGAAGAACCGCUACUACGUCACUAAGAAGCUGUUCAUCGCCGACCUGCAGCGCAUCAUCACCAACUGCCGCGAGUACAACCCGCCCGACAGCGACUACUGCAAGUGUGCCAACACCCUCGAGAAGUUCUUCUACUUCAAGCUCAAGGAAGGGGGGCUCAUCGACAAGUAGGGGAGCUGGCCCCGACACCCCCCCCCCGCCCCGGGCACCGGCUCCCCAUGGGAGGGACAGGGCUGCCUGUGGGGACCCAGUCCUGUGCUGCGGGCAGGGGCUGCUGGAGGUUUUGGUGCUGUGAGUGGUCUUCCUUUGGGGCAUCAGGGCCUUGUAUCCCCAAGCUGCUGCCUCUCAAAGGCUCUGGCAGGGGCAGUGCUGAGCUCCUGCUUCCUGGCACUGGUGCUUCCCUCCUCCCCAGGGUCGUGCCUUCUGCUGCCCUGACUCUCCUCCACAGGGCAGGGGCACACAAGUGCUUUGGGUUUCUGGUCCUGUCCACGCACAGGCAGCCCCUGCCCGUCUUGUUGAAUGUAUGGUGGGGCUCAGCCCUGCCCGCCUUGGCCUGCAGGCAGAGAUGCUGCUCGUGGUCCAGGGUCGUGCUGUGA